AGUUGCAGCCCACCACGAGCCAAUAGGCAUAUCUCUUAGAGCCCAAACACUGCUGGGUGCCAGUGCUUGAUAAAAGGAGAGUGCUAUACGGUUGUCACACAUAGAAAACUCGAUUGUAUGCUAUACCAUGGAUGGUUCAAAUGCUCUCAAUAGAUCAAUGCAGAGUUUAUGGUCAACCCAUAGAAAAGCGAAGCUAAACCUCAAUGCGGCCCCCGUCCCUAACCAGCCGGCAACCGUUGUCGCGCCGCUCUCCGUAGAUGAGCUCCCGGACACGCAGCCACAGGACAAGAAUCAGAACGAGGACCCCGUUGAACUAGGACCAGCUACAACCAUUACUCCUAAUACUACGGCCUCGGGUUCAUCCUCCACGGAUGGCAGACCAUCUUCGAAGCGUAGGCUACGAACGAGCUGCACCACUGAGCAAAGCAACAAGCGGAUCAAAGCCGGCAGCAGCGGUGGUCCCGUGCAAACCUACGAGCCGCCGACUACUAGACUAUCUGAUCUUGGCGGUGUUGAGGGGUGUGUGGAAAAGAUGCUUGAGCUUGUCGCAAUGCCGUUGUGCCAUCCCGAAAUAUACCUGCAUACUGGAGUUCAGCCUCCUCGUGGCGUGCUUCUCCAUGGUCCUCCUGGGUGUGGAAAGACGUUACUGGCGAAUGCAAUUGCUGGGGAACUUGGUGUGCCUUUCAUUAACAUCUCCGCGCCGUCCAUCGUCUCCGGGAUGUCAGGAGAAUCGGAGAAAACGCUACGGGAUACCUUCGAGGAGGCUAAACGUGCUGCACCUUGUCUUCUGUUUAUUGACGAAAUAGAUGCCAUCACUCCGAAACGAGAAAGCGCUCAAAGAGAGAUGGAGCGUCGAAUCGUAGCUCAGUUCCUGACAUGCAUGGAUGACAUGUCUUGGGAGAAAAAUGACAAUAAACCCGUCAUCGUGAUUGGAGCCACGAAUCGCCCAGAUUCUCUCGACGCUGCACUCAGGCGAGCGGGUCGCUUCGACCACGAAGUCAGUAUGGGCGUUCCAGACGAGGAAGCCAGGCAGAAGAUUUUGCGCGUUUUAUGCGCCAAGCUCCGACUCGAAGGGGAUUUUGACUUUGCCGCGCUGGCAAAGGCCACUCCGGGGUACGUGGGUGCAGACUUGUCAGCGCUGACAGGAGCAGCAGGGAUCAUAGCAGUCAAGCGGAUAUUCCAACAGUUGAAAGACGGGUCGCUCGUAUUACCUGGUAUUCAAGAAGCAAUAAGUGGAGAUACUUCGAUGACCGUUGACUCAGAUCCUCAGACGCCCACAGCGGAGGCAAGCUCUAACUCAGCACCGUUUUCGUCCCUGAUUUCACAACUGUCUUCGAGUUCUAUCGCUCACUUUCUGAGUGCUCACCCGUCGCCACUCACGCCUUCUCAACUCGCUCCUUUGUGUAUAACGUCAUCGGACUUUCUACAACCUUCAUCAAAGCGGGAGGGCUUCGCAACAGUUCCAGACGUUACUUGGGCUGACGUCGGUGCCUUACGUGGUAUUCGUGAAGAACUCCAGAUGGCCAUCGUCCAGCCCGUUAGACGACCCGAAUUAUUUAGUGCUGUUGGCAUCGUAGCAGCGUGCGGCGUGUUGCUAUGGGGUCCGCCUGGAUGCGGAAAGACAUUGCUUGCAAAAGCAGUGGCAAAUGAAUCGAGAGCAAAUUUCAUCAGUGUCAAAGGUCCAGAGCUCCUAAACAAAUAUGUUGGUGAGAGUGAAAGGGCAGUCAGACAAGUCUUUUCCCGCGCACGAGCAUCAUCACCCUGCGUCAUCUUCUUCGACGAACUGGAUGCUUUAGUCCCACGGCGAGACGAUAGUUUGUCUGCGCGGGUCGUGAAUACCCUGCUCACUGAGCUAGAUGGUCUCGACGCUCGCAAGUCGGUCUAUGUCAUUGCCGCCACCAACCGGCCAGAUAUGAUUGAUCCUGCGAUGGUCCGACCUGGGCGAUUGGACAAGCUCCUCUAUGUCGACCUUCCCAGCGCAGAGGAGCGCGUCGAAAUCUUACGGACUCUUGUACGCAGAGUGCCGCUGCGGGAUGAGACGGAGCAGUGUGAAGGGUACAGUGGAGCGGAUAUUGCAGCUCUUGUACGUGAGGCCGGUGUUGUUGCGCUGAGGCGAGUGUUGGGUUCCCUCGAGGAGGUAGAAGGAACCAAAGGGGAAUCAAGAAAAGCCACUGUCGGACCGAGCGUGUCACUGAGCCAGAGGCGCAAGUACGAAGCAUUGCGGUCAAAAUUUGCCGGUCUGCCUGUGAGGGUUAGGGAGGAAGGGAGGCGUUUGGAAGAGGUAGUCUAG